AUAUCUGAAACUAUCAAGAGAAAGUUAAGCUUAGGGGCUCGUAUUCUUCAAGUGGGUGGAGUAGAGAAAGUGUUCAUGAAGUAUUUUAGUGUGAUCGAGGGGGAGACGCUACUGAAAGUUUGCCAUUGUUAUCUGUCGACCACAUCUGGCCCUCUAGCUGGUCUCCUCUUUAUCUCCACUGAAAAGGUUGCCUUUUGCAGUGACAGAUCUAUAAAAGUGUUUAAUCAGAAAGGGCAAAUGUGUAGGAUCCACUAUAAGGUUUCCAUUCCAGUGAAGAAGAUAAAGAGUGAAAGGCAAAGUGAAAAUGUUGAGAAGCCAAGACAGAAAUACAUAAAUAUAGUUACAGUUGACAACUUUGAUUUCUGGCUUAUGGGUGUAUCAAAAUAUCACAAGACUUAUAAAUAUCUUGAACAAGCAACUUCUCAAGCAAUGAUAUACAGCAAGCAAUGAUAUGGCGACUGUAAUUGAAGAUAUGAUUUAAGA